AGCAAUCGCCAUCACAGUCGGUUGAUACUGGGCAACAUAAUCAUCGCUCACUAGCGACUCAACUCACGGGCUUCUUUGAGACAUCCUCCCACUCAAGACAGCAUGUCUCAGCGCCCGGGCACGCAUGUGCCUGCCGUGCGUGCUGAAACGGAGAAGAACCUCGGUAUCACACAGCGCUCGGCUGCAAUUAACUUUGCCUGGACUGGCGACAUUCGCAAACGUUACACCGACUUUCUUGUCAAUGAAAUUCGGAAGGAUGGCACUGUCCUUCAUCUCCGUGAUUUCAUAGAGAAUGAGCCCUCUCCCCAGGCUACUGUUGACCGCAAGGUCUCUGCUGCCAACCUCAACAAGUCAGACAGCAAGCCAGACAAGUCGGACAGCAAGUCGGACAACAAGCCUGACAAUAAGCCGAAGGUCCACCCCAUCUCUGAGGAUGACCGCAAGGCCUUGGUCGGAUUGCUCGGCGAGUCUACCACCCAAAAGUUGGUUGAGCUUGACGAGAGCGUUCAAGCCAAGAAGCCGUUAGAUCCCAAGGAUCGCUCUAUUGUGUUCGAUCCGGUCACCGAUAGAGCCAAGCGGGGCACCAUCCAUCAGGAAAUCCGCCGCAUUUUCCGUUCCCGCUAUGAAACGGUUGCUGAUGCCACGGGCGUCAUCACAGCAACCGCCUCCAAGUGGGCUCUCAAUAACCGGGCCCCUAGCCAAAAUUGGGGUGCUCGCCGUGACAAUAGCAACAACAACAACCGCCGCGAUCAAGCUCGUGAGUUUGCCGAGGCUGGCGGCGAUUACCUUCACUUUACUCUCUACAAGGAGAACAAGGACACCAUGGACGCAGUCAACACCAUCGCUCGCCUUCUCAAAAUCAAGGCCUCCAAUUUUGGCUUUGCUGGCACCAAGGACCGCCGUGCCGGCACUGUCCAACGCAUCAGCCUCUAUCGCCAGAAGGCAUCCAACCUCAUCUGGCUGAACACUCGCAUUCCCAACGUCAAGGUUGGGGACUUCACCUAUUCCAACGACCCGCUGCAACUCGGUCAGCACGGUGGCAAUGAGUUUGUUAUCACGCUCAAGAGCUGCCAGCCUCUGGGUGGCGAUAAUUGCUCUCUUCCUCAGCGCAUGAAGAUGAUCCAGCAGGCAGUGGAGUGUGGUCUCGCCCACCUCAAGCACAACGGUUACAUCAACUACUACGGUCUGCAGCGCUUUGGGACUUACACCAUCGGCACCCAUAUGCUCGGAAUGAAGAUUCUGAAGGGCGAUUAUGAGGGCUUCAUUGACGACAUUCUCCAUGUCGAUGAGGACACCCUCAAGGAGGUUCUGGGUGGCCAUUCCCCGACCCAUGGAUCUGCGAAGGACCAACAAAACAGCCGGGAUGACCAAAACCGUGCCCGUGCCAUCACCGCCUGGAAGACAACCAAGAAGGCGGAGAAGGCCCUCGAAUUUCUCCCCAAGCGCUUCAGCUCCGAGACUGCCAUCAUUCGUCAUCUGGGUAGGAACCCGAAAGACUUUACUGGAGCCGUUCUGAGCAUUACCCGCGGAAUGCGCAUGAUGUACGUCCACGCUUACCAGUCCUAUGUUUGGAAUUUUGUCGCCACUCGCCGAUGGUCCAAGUAUGGCGCCAAGGUCAUUGAGGGCGACCUCGUCUUGGUUACCGGCAGCCGUCGCCGUGACCGCGCCGAUGAUGAUGAGUUCAACCCAUACGACGACAAUGACGACGACAACAUUUAUGCCCAAGCCCAUGCCCUGACGGCUGCCGAUGUCGCCAGCGGCAAGUACACCAUCUUCGACGUCGUCUUGCCCACCCCGGGUUACGAUGUCUCUUACCCUCGCAAUGAGAUCGGAGAGUACUAUGUCGAGUUCAUGGGCAAGCCGGAGAACGGUUCCCUGAGCCCCUUUGAGAUGCGCCGCAAACAACGCGAGUUCAGCCUGAGCGGCAACUACCGCCCCCUCAUCGGGCGUCUGAUUGGCAGCCCACAGUACGCCGUUCGGGCGUAUCGCGAUGAUACUGAGCAGAUGUACCCCACCGACUUCGACUAUGCUCUUCACAAGAAACAAUCGGAAAAGCUCGCGAAGGCUGUGGCUACCGUGAAGACCAAGCCCGCUGCCAACCCUGUUGCCGACCCCAGUGUCAGCAGCUGGGCCCAUUUCGCUCAGAACCCGGCUACCUACGACAACGCCAUGGCUGCCGCACGCCGCCGCAAGGCCGAUCAAGAGCCCCCUUCGGACGGAGUUGCCGUUACCAAUGAGACCUGGGUCCAGACUGGGGUCGAUGGCAGUGCCAAGCGUGUUAAGGUCGCGCGUCAUCACCAACAGAUUGAGAACCAGACCCAGGAUGGAACCCAUACGCCUUUCCCGGUCGGCAACGGUGCGCCCCUGACCGACGACACACAAAACGCCUCCCCCCCUCACAUUCUCACGGAUGGCCCGUUCCCCAUGAUUUCUCUCCCCCAGGGUGCCAUUCCCACAACUGGUAUCCGUGGGGUCUCGGACAGUUACUAUGCGGAGACUGGCAAAAUCCCUUACUUCGGCCCCCUUCCGGAGGGUAUCAAAAUGAGCAGCCCCCCCAAUGUCCCCACCAACACUACCGAUAACCAGGCAACCGGUGCCAUCCAUGAUGGUCCGACCACAGACGCCAAGCCCAUGACAUCCGAUUCGAUGGAUUGGUAUGGAAUGAACUUACCCAAGGUCCCCACUGCCACUACGAAUACCACAGGUAGCGAGGCCAACGGUGAUGGCAUGGCUCUCGUCAAGGUUGAAGAAGCCGGCCAUGCGCCCAGCCACACCGAACUCAUCAACCACGUUCCGGUACCCGAACUCCGCACCGCAUCGGACAACCCGCUUUCAGUCAUGGGUGCCGACAUCGACGAGAGCAGCAUCGACCCCGAAGCCAGCCGGAUUGCCGUGAUUCUGAAGUUCCAGCUGAAGGCCAGCAACUACGCGACCGUCGUGCUCCGUGAGCUCAUGGGCACGACUGUUGAGGAGCUCGCUCUCUAAUCGCACCAUGGCUGAUGGCCUUGGUGUGAACCAUCCAGCGCCAUCAUGACGGCAGGGCCCAUUUUGCGUGUCCUUGCUAUCGUCUCGGUACGGCAUACCAGUGGCAGGUUUGCAACGGUUCCACGGUUGCGGCAUGGCUUCUUGUUGGCCUACCUUGGCCGGGCUGAGCAUAUUGCAGUUCAAGUUUGGUC